UCUAGACCCCCCCCCCCCUCCCCCUUCAAUGCAGUCAAUUCGCCCCCGGUGGGCUUCACAGCUGAGCAGGGGGAAUGUCUCCAUCAGCGCGGGACUUCCAUCUUACCCUCCGCUAACACAGACCUUGUAUUCGAAAACUAAGUGCUUCCGGGCAACACAGCAAAUCUAUCCAUCAAAAAGAUGGAGCACUAGUGCUGCUUCUCCAGAGAGAGUGUUCAAACAACGGCUUCAGGAAGUCAAGGAAACUUGUCCCGAUCCGUAUCCCCGUCUUAAAAAAAGCAGCUCUUCAAUUAGUUGCCUAGAGCUCCGCUCUCGGUACAGCCAUCUAGCCAAUAAUGAAACAGUAGAAGAGGAUACAGUUACUGUAAAUGGUAUGUGUUGGCCUUCGACGGCUCUUUGUUAUGAUUCUUUGUACUUAGAUCGGUACCUAGGUAGGAUCCGUACCUCUAGACUGGCCGGGAACAAAUUGAUAUUCUUUGAUAUCACCCAAGACGGCUCUAAAGUGCAAAUAAUGUGCAAUCUUCGUCAACUGGAUGGAGUCACUCCAGAAUCUUUUAAGAAAUUUUAUCGUCUACUUCGCCGUGGCGAUUCAUUUUCCGUAACAGGUAAACCACACCGCACAGGACGAGGAGAGCUCACUGUUGUAGCCUCCGAGCUGCCUCAGCUGAAUUCUCCCUGUUUACAUGAUGUUCCUCUUGACGCGAAAGACCAUGAAAACUCUCCCUACGCCCGUCAUGUUCAGUUCCUCGCCGACCAGAACACAGCCGACAUCAUUAAGGCCAGGUCUGCCAUCAUUCAAUAUCUCCGUCAGUUCUUUCUUAAUCGAUCUUUCAUGGAGGUCAAUACCCCGAUUCUCAAUUCAAUCGCUGGAGGAGCGAUUGCCCGUCCGUUCUAUACCUCCGCCACUGAAUUUCCCGACCGUCAGCUCUCCCUCAGGAUAGCGCCUGAACUGUGGUUGAAACGUCUAGUAGUAGGAGGUUUCGACCGGGUGUUUGAGAUUGGCCCUUCAUUCCGAAAUGAAGGUCUCGACAAAACCCACAACCCCGAGUUUACCACCUGUGAAUUUUACCAUGCUUACUCGAAUUUGGAGGAUCUCAUUUCCACCACAGAGGAACUCCUGUCAGGAAUGGCGGACCAUAUUCGGGAGUUCACCAAGAAUGCCUCCUUAACACCGACAGAAGUUGACUUUACAGCGCCUUUCCGCCAAAUUGAUUUCAUUUCCGGCAUUGAAGAAACGAUCGGUCACAAACUCCCGGAUCUCACCUCUCCAGACGCCCGGGAGCAGAUUAUCCAGCUCUUCAAUACGCUCUCUCUCGAAAUCCCCACAAACCCUACCCUUCCUCGGUUACUAGAUGAGCUUUGCAGCACCUACCUUGAACCACAAUGCAUAAACCCAACCUUUAUCAUCAACCCGCCCGAAUGCCUUUCCCCGCUCUCAAAAUCCUUUGUCCACCCCGUCACAAACCAGCUUGUUGCCGCCCGCGGGGAGCUUUUCAUCGAAGGUAGGGAAAUGGUGAACACGUACGAAGAGGAGAACUCCCCGUUCGAGCAGAGACGCAAAUUCGAAGACCAGCUCCGGCACGGUAGGGACGUCAAUGAGCCGGGAGAAAUCGACGAGGAGUAUCUCGCUGCGCUGGAAUGGGGCCUCCCGCCUACUGGAGGCUGGGGAUGCGGUAUCGACAGGCUUUGCAUGCUCUUCACGGGUUCAAAUAAAAUCGCAGAUGUCCUACCGUUUGGGAAUCUGCGUAGUGUGACACGACGCCACUAAUUGCGGCAGUGUCAGUGUGGCAUUAGAGAGCAACUGUAUACUAUCAACGACAACUGUUUAUUGUACUCCAAGAUACCAAUUGAAUGUAUUUUUAGUUAAACUGUGGUCGAUGCGCGGAUCGAGCUUUUAUCUGGCUGACUAUUUGUUAUCGUUUGGAUAUCAGCCUCCAAUACGAACCAAAAUGUUAUAUCAGCGAAGGAUGCCAGAUUAGAUAGUCUCAGUGAG